ACGUUUCAGGUAAGAAUUAUAAAUGUUUUUUUUUUCCUCACGUCACUUCUUCCUGUUAACUACGCGUCACUUCCGUUUUUCCAAUCAAGGCGACGCGGCAGAUUUGUUUGUUCAGAAGUUUUUACUCCAACUUCGCAGCCUCUCAAGUCACGUCGACGUGUUUAUCAUUUUUCACCACUUUUGUUCUUCGAGGCUCCACCUACUGGUCGGUUGAAAAUCCUCCUCCGGGAGCAGGAGCGAAGCUUCCCUCCAGGAUUACAGCUUGAGGAAGACUUAGUGACUGACACAUGUUACAUGUUCUGCAGCGUUUCUUUUGGUGGAAGGAAGGAAAUACGUGGAAACAAAUUCACAGAUCACCGACUUCAGAGUCAUGACCGCUGCCGGUGAAAAUGGGAAUAUUACCGACACCACUCCCUGAUCCCACUCUGAAGAACUCACCUGGAAGACAUCCUGAACACAGCAGAAUGAGGAGGACGGUGGGUUCAUGUGGUGUGACCGGGGUCCGACCUGAACGUGGGAUUCAGAGAUGAACUUCGACCCAGCCAUGACGCCGUUGUCUGCUCCUGGGCCGCGUGGCAGCCCUUCAUCACCCACGAAGACCGGCUUCCAGUCUCUGGGUUUGUUGUCUUCACCGGUGGGUUCUCCAUCUGGGGCCAGAGUCUCCUCUGCUAAGAUCAGACUGGCCUCCAGUCCCGCCCUGAACCCCCCCAACCCGUCCAUCAUGAGCUCUCCGAAACUCUGGCACAAGGCCUCCAUAUCCAGACUGGCGGAGGAGUUCUUCUGGAUCGGAGGAAGUGUAGUGGCCCAGCCCAAGUGGAGACUGGGCCAGAUCGUGGAGCGAUGUAUGUGCAGCAUGCAGACCGGGAGUCACAUGACCAAACUGAAGGGGAAGAAGAAAGGACUGCUCCGCUUCUUCUACCUGGACGAACACAAGUCCUGCGUCCGAUGGAGACCGUCCAGGAAACAGGACAGAGCCAAGAUAACGAUUGAUUCCAUCCAUGAAGUCUGUGAGGGCAAAAAGUCCGAGAUGUUCAGGAGGUACGCAGACAACCGCUUUGACCCGAACUGCUGCUUCAGCAUUUACUACGGGGAGAGGGUCAGAUCCCUGGACCUGGUCUCCACCAACUCGGAGGAGGCCCGGACCUGGGUCACAGGACUGAAGUACCUCAUGGCUGGUAUCAGUGAUGAAGACAGUCUGGCCCGCAGGCAACGCACCCGCGAUCAGUGGCUACAGCAGACCUUCUCUGAAGCUGACAAGAACGGAGACGGAACCUUGAGCAUCAGUGAAGUUCAUCAGCUGCUGCACAAACUCAACGUGAAUUUACCCAAGCAGAAGGUCAGACAGAUGUUUCAGGAGGCCGACACAGAUGAGAACCAGGGUUCUUUGGCCUUUGAAGAAUUCUGUUCGUUCUACAAAAUGAUCUCCACUCGCAGAGACCUGUACCUGAUCAUGAUCUCCUACAGCAACCAGAAGGAGGUGUUGGAUCUCCAGGACCUCGCGCACUUUCUGGAAAAUGAACAGAAGAUGCGAGGUCUGACCAAAGACUUCCUGAUCGACAUCGUCUCCAGGUUCGAGCCGUGUCCUGACAACCUGCAGAAAAUGGUCCUGGGUAUUGAUGGUUUCACCAACUACAUGAGAAGUCCUGCAGGCGACGUCUUCAACCCGGAGCACCAGCAGGUGAACCAGGACAUGACGCAGCCGCUCAACAGCUACUUCAUCGCCACGUCACACAACACCUACCUGACGGGAGACCAGCUGCUGUCCCAGUCCAGGGUGGAGAUGUACGCCUACGUCCUCCAGGCUGGCUGUCGCUGCGUGGAGGUGGACUGCUGGGACGGACCGGACGGAGAGCCCAUCAUCCACCACGGCUACACGCUGACGUCCAAAAUUCUCUUCAGAGACGUGAUCGAAACGAUCAACAAACACGCCUUCACAAAGUCACAGUACCCGGUGAUCCUGUCCAUAGAAAACCACUGCACCGUGCCUCAGCAGAAACGGAUGGCCCAGUGUUUGACUGAGGUACUGCAGGACAAGCUGGACUUGUCCAACGUCAACGUGCACGAAACCAAGAAGCUGCCCUCCCCUGAGUCUCUGAAGGGGAAGGUCCUGGUCAAAGGAAAGAAACUUCCUGCGAAUCUGGACCCUGAUGCAGAGGAAGGAGACGUGUCUGAUGAAGACAGUGGUGACGAAGAGGCGGGCAGCGAUGACGAUGACACACAGGACGGGAACGUUAACUCUGUCAGUCAGACCAAAAAGAAGAGACGAUUUACCAGAUCCAUCAUGAGGAGCUUCGAUAGAAAGAAAAAGAGAGUUCGAGUGAAGAACAGGUCCCAGUCCGACGGAGAGUCCGACGUCAGCAGCAGCAGAGAAAGGACUCAGAUCGUGUACCAUCCCAAAAAGAGAAAAACCAUGAGACUGUCUCGACCUCUGUCAGAUCUGGUCAAAUACACCAAGGCCGUCCGUGUGCACGACAUAGAAACACAAGGGUUCACGAACAGCUGGCAGGUGUCGUCGCUGGACGAGACGGUGGUGAACCAGAUCCUGCAGCUGAAGCCCGCUCAGCUGCUGCGUCUGAACCAGCGGCAGCUGCUUAGAGUCUAUCCGUCCAACUACAGGGUGGACUCCAGCAACUUCAACCCACAGCCGUACUGGAACUCAGGCUGUCACAUGGUGGCGAUGAACUACCAGACGGAGGGACGCAUGUUAGAACUGAACCAGGCCAAGUUCUCCAGCAACGGGAACUGUGGAUACACCCUGAAGCCCAAAUGCAUGUGGAAAGGUUCCUUCAACCCCACGUCUGAGGACCCUCUACCAGGACACAAGAAGACCCAGCUGGUGCUGAAGGUCAUCAGCGGUCAGCAGCUUCCCAAACCCAAGGACUCCAUGUUCGGGGACAGAGGAGAAAUCAUCGACCCCUUCGUGGAGGUGGAGAUCAUUGGUCUGCCUGUGGACUGCACCAAGCAGCAGACCAGAGUGGUGGACGACAACGGUUUUAACCCCAUGUGGGAGGAGACUUUCAUCUUCAACGUCCUCAUGCCACAGAUCGCUCUGGUGCGUUUCCAGGUGUGGGAUCACGAUCCCAUUGGUCGAGACUUCAUUGGACAGAGGACGAUAGCGUUCUCCAGCCUGAUGCCAGGUUAUCGUCACGUCUACCUGGAGGGGAUGGCGGACUCCUCCAUCUUUGUUCACGUGGCUGUCAUCGAUAUGUCAGGAAAGAUAAAACCGUCCAACGCAGUUCACGCUGCCAGGAAACACAUUCAGAAAGCAGCUCAGAAACAUUUGAAAGGUCCUCAGAAGCAGCCGUCUCUGGACUCCUCCGUCCAGUCCUCGGAAGACGGACGCGCCGUCUACUUUCACAGGGACCUGGACAACGUCUCCCUGGACAGCAGGAACAGCGACAAGUCUCUCCUGGUCCAGGCGCCGGCGUCCAAGACCGCCGUCCUGAGAGGAGCUGUGAGUGAACCAGUGAGGAGAGCUCACAGGGUGAAGAUCCAGGAGCCGCUGCAGACCAGGAGAGACGUCUUCAGCCGGAUGUCCUCCACUGACUCCUACCACAUGGGGGCUCCACCCUUUGUAGUGGAGGAGAGUUUUGUCAUUGACACCUCCUCCCAGGACUCGAAUCCUGAUGGUCCAGAGCUCAAAAGUCAAAACUCAAUACAGGAAGAACUGGAGGAUGAACUGGACGAUGAGACACGGGAGCAGGGGACGCUGCAGACGUCAGAGACGGAGGAGGGUGCGGGCACCGAAGGACAGCCCGGUGGAGGGACC